UAACCCUCACGCGCUUUCAAUUACUUUAAUCCACUUCUCAACGCUUUCCCUCCCCAUUUUAACUCACUGUCUUCUCCUUCUUCUUCUUCAAACUCUCUCUCUCUUUGUCUGUGAAGAAAAAAAAAACAAACUCUACAAUGGCGAAAGCAGUUUUGUUAAUGGCUCUUUGCUUCCUUCCGGCGUUGGCUUUGGCCCGUAUCAUGACUGAUCCUUAUGAAGUUCAAGGGAAGGUUUUCUGUGACACUUGUCUUCUCGGUUUCGAGACCCCUGCCACUACUUACAUCGCUGGUGCCAAGGUUAAAAUAGAAUGUAAAGACAGGACCUCGAACAAGCCUGUGUACAGUAAGGAGGCCACAACAGACAAAAGUGGAUGUUACAAGAUGGUCAUUCCUGAGGACCAUGGUGAUCAAAUCUGUGAUGCAAUGGUAGUCAGCAGUCCUCUGCCCGAGUGUGCCAUUCCAUCCAAAGGCCGGGACUCUGCUCGUGUCAUCCUCACCGAUAACAAUGGCAUUGCUUCUAAGCAACGAUUCGUCAAUGCAAUGGCAUUCACUAGGACUCAGAAACUGGCUGUCUGCGAAAACGUUCUCAAGCAGUAUGAGUUGACUGAUGAUCAAUACUAGAGAUUGGUUUGAGUGAAGUUAUUAUGAUGAUGAUAUACCUUGGCUUGGCUUAUCGUUUUAUAUGUAUCUUUUUACUUACUUUUUCUUCUUCUUCUUAUGGAUUUGUUUGUCUGAAAUUGAAAGACCUUUAAUCUUAUUUGUUAAUUGAAUCUACUAAGAGAUUAUUUCA